AUGAAGCUCGACGUCAAGCGUCAGCUGUAUGCUCGCAGCGAGCGAGUGAAAGGCGUCGACUUCCAUCCUCACGAGCCAUGGAUCCUCACUACACUCUACAGCGGCCAUGUCUACAUUUGGUCGUAUGAGACCCAACAAACGGUCAAGACUUUCGAGCUCACCGAGGUACCUGUUCGGGCUGGACGAUUCGUCGCUCGCAAGAAUUGGAUUGUCUGCGGCUCAGAUGAUUUCCAAAUACGCGUCUACAACUACAACACCUCCGAAAAAGUGGCCCAAUUCGAAGCACAUCCUGAUUACAUUCGCGCAAUCGCGGUACACCCAACGCUUCCCUUCAUCUUGACCGCUUCUGACGAUAUGACGAUCAAGCUCUGGGAUUGGGACAAGGGCUGGAAGUGUGUGCAAGUUUUUGAGGGUCACAGCCACUACGUCAUGGGCAUUGCCAUCAACCCCAAAGACACAAAUACGUUUGCCUCUGCGUGCUUGGACCGAACUGUCAAAAUUUGGAGCCUGGGCUCGUCUACCGCCAACUUCACAUUGGAAGCUCACGAGAGCAAGGGUGUGAACCACGUCGACUAUUAUCCCCACUCCGACAAGCCCUAUCUUCUCACUACUUCUGACGAUCGAACUGUAAAGGUCUGGGAUUACACCACAAAGUCCCUGAUUGCCACGCUCGAGGGCCACACCAACAAUGUCUCGUUCGCUUGCUACCACCCAGAACUUCCCGUCAUUGUGUCCGGUUCCGAGGACGGCACUAUUAGAAUUUGGCACGCCAACACCUACAGAUUCGAGCAAUCUCUGAAUUACAGUCUGGAGCGCGCUUGGUGUGUGUCUUAUCAGAAGGGCAAGCAAGGAAUUGCUGUCGGCUACGACGAUGGUGCUGUCGUGGUCAAGCUGGGACGAGAGGAGCCCGCCGUUUCUAUGGAUGCUUCUGGCAAGCUGAUUUGGGCCCGGCAUAACGAGGUCGUGUCUUCCAUCAUCAAGGGAGAUGCCUCCCUCAAGGACAAUGACCCCAUCUCACUCCCGAUCAAAGACCUGGGAACCUGUGAGGUAUACCCUCAGACGUUGAUUCAUUCACCCAACGGUCGAUUCGUCGCAGUUUGCGGCGAUGGCGAGUACAUCAUCUACACGGCUUUGGCAUGGCGUAACAAGGCGUUCGGGUCAGCGUUGGACUUUGUCUGGGGUUCCAAGGAGAACAGUAACGACUUUGCCAUUCGCGAGUCAGCAAUGAGCGUCAAGGUCUAUAAGAAUUUUGUCGAAAAGAGUAACGGUCUCGAUGUUGGUUUCCAGGCUGAUGGUCUUACAGGUGGCGUUCUUCUGGGUGUCACUGGUCAGGGUGGUAUCUCAUUCUUUGACUGGGCUACUGGGGGCCUGGUGCGAAGAAUUGAAGUCGAGCCAAAACAGGUCUACUGGUCAGAAAGUGGAGAACUGGUUGCCAUUGCCUGCGAGGACAGCUUUUAUGUCCUGAGAUUUUCUCGAGAGAACUACAUUGAAGCUGUCCAGUCCGGUCAGGUCGAUGACGACGGGGUUGAGGCCGCUUUCGAGGUAAUUACUGACAUCAGCGAAAGUGUUCGAACUGGUGAAUGGAUCGGGGACUGCUUCCUCUACACCAACAGCACUAACCGCUUGAAUUAUUUGGUUGGCGACCAGACGUACACUGUGUCACAUUUUGACAAGCCUAUGUAUAUUCUGGGCUACAUCCAGCGCGACUCAAAGAUCUACUUGGCCGACAAAGAUGUCAAUGUCACAUCGUUGGGUCUCUCACUCCCCGUUCUUGAGUACCAGACUCUGGUUCUCCGAGAAGACAUGGAAACAGCUGCCGAGCUACUACCUACCAUCCCCAACGACCAGCUUAGCAAGAUUGCGAGAUUCCUGGAGGGACAGGGUCACAAAGAGUUGGCUCUGGAGGUUGCUACCGACCCCGAGCACAAAUUUGAUCUUGCACUGGCGUUGAACCAGCUGGCCACGGCCCUCGAGCUGGCCCGCGCUGCUGAUGUCGAGCACAAGUGGAAGACGGUUGGAGACUCUGCCCUGGCUGCAUGGGACGUGGCUUUGGCUGCUGAGUGCUUCACCCACGCCAAGGAUCUGGGUUCAUUGCUACUCCUCCACUCAUCUACUGGCGACAGGGAAGGCCUGGAAGCCCUGGCCAGGCAAGCCCAGGAAGCAAACUCUCACAACAUUGCCUUUUCUUGCUCAUGGCUCUUGGGCGACGUCGACAACUGCGUCGAGAUCUUGCGCAAGACGGGACGACUGGCCGAGGCCGCCCUAUUCUCACAAACAUAUAAGCCGAGUUUGACCAAGAGCAUCGUAAAGGACUGGAAAGACAGUCUGGAAAAGUCCAAAAAGGGUCGAGUAGCCAAACUGAUUGGUGUCCCCGAGGAUGACGACGACUUGUUCCCCGAAUGGGAUGCAUGGUUGAAGGCUGAGACGGAAGGCGGCUCCGGCUCCGCAGCGGAUAAUGCAGUAGAAACGAAGGGCGAGCAAGACGAAGCCGAGACGGAGGAGCAAGAGAAGGCGGAGGCGGAGGCGGAGGCGGAAGAAGAGGAAGAGGCAGAUGAGUAA